CUUAUUAAAUAAAGUUGUAGGUUAGAUUUUGGUGUUUGGUUAAAAUAAGCAGUUAAAAUUUAAUAUUCAAAGAUUUACACGGUUGAGUAAACUCUGCUAUGGAGCGGUUAGGUAGUACAAUUUUAAAAUCGCUAUGGAGACCAAGCAUAAAUAUAGUAAGAACAAGAUACCACGCUGAUAAAACUAGACUUGUACGAAGAUAUGGGUAUGAAGAAAAACUUUGGUGUGGAGGUUUAUUGCCCAGGAUUUCGGAAAGACAGUUACCUAUUCCACAAUACAGGCCUGCAAAUGCAUGGACUGAACGCAAAGCAUUAUAUGGGCAAAAUGAUUAUAUAGAUAUAUUAGGUCCUGGGAAUCUUCACCCCGUCAAAACUCUUUACACUGUUCCUUCAUGGAUUAGGGGAGUCAGUGGACAUGAAUAUCAUAUACUAUUAAGGAAGAAAAAAAUGUUUGCUAAAACAGGAUCACCAGUGGUUAGACCUACCAAGUGGAAGGAGUUACAAAAACGACUCUCUUAUUUGUAUAGAAAACUUAACAGGAAGACAAAAACUGGUCCAUCGCCAGACUAGAUACUGAAGUAAAAAUAAGUAUUUGUGGAA